UGGUCUCCAUUCUGGAAGAGGAAUGCAUAGCAUGAAAACAAAAAAAUUACUAGUCAAGAACUCUUUUCUUAGAAAUGAGCCCACCUUCUCAAGAAAGAUUGUUGAGAUGGUGUUGGCAGUAGCACUUGAAAGGAAAGUGUCAAAACAAGGAAUAUUAAGCACAUACCUGAGUAAGAUAUACUGGGGACAUGGUAUUUAUGGAAUCGAGUCAGCAUCGCUUUUCUAUUUCGGAAAGCAUCCUUCUCUUCUGAGUUUGGGAGAGUCAGCAAUGCUUGCUGGGAUCAUACCUGCACCGGAACUUCGAUCACCAUUUAGGGACCCUAGCAGAGGGAAGACAUUCCAAGCUAGAGUUCUGAAAAGGAUGGUGAAAGUUGGAUAUCUUGAUAUAGAGACAGCACUUUCUGUUGUGAAACAAUGUCUUCAUCUACGUCAUGAUAGGCGGGAGCGUGCGGAUGGAUUGCUCUACCUGUUUCCUUUAACCAUGGAGAAAUUUGAAGGGUCCAAUAAACUGAACAAUUUCUGCAACUUCUCAACUUUCAAGUGUGUAUGGGACUGGAAAAAGGAAAGCAAGACAUGGGAAGCAUUUGAGGACAUGAAAACAUGGGCGGCUAAGAUACAGCAUGAAACCCAACCAAAGUCUUUCAAUUUGAAGGUUGUUGCAAGAAAAGAACUUUUACGAGACCAAGAGUGGUCUGUGCCAGCUUGACGUGUCCCUGCCAAUGAAAAUCAAAAGAAGUAACUUGCCGUUAAAGAUCACGGUUAAAUCAAUGAAUCGUUCACAAGCCUCGGUGCCCAAUAUAAAGACCAGAAUUCUGCCAUUUUUCGGAAGUCUCCAGAAUUACUC